GGGCCUCCCUCACCCGCGAGCUCCGCAGCCGCCGCAGCAGCGCGUCCUCGUCGUCCUCGACGUCGCCGAAGACCAGCUGCUCCAGACACCGCUCGGCGGCCGGCUUGUCGUCCUCGAGCACCAGGCGGUUCCGCUGCCGAAGCCGGCUUUCCUCCGCCGCCGCCGCCGCCGCAGUGACCGCGCUAGGGGCCGCCUUCUGCCCGGCCUGCGGUGCCCGUUGGGAUGAACGGGCGGCCUUUCGGGGCGUGCCGCCGCUCCCGGGUCGGGCUUGCCUCCCCGGCAUCGUGCCGGCUCUCCGCUUUGCUUUCGUCCUGCUCCGGCGUUCCGGCGGCAUCCCCAGGGCUGAGGAGAAACGCAGACGUUCACGUGGAGCACCACUGCGCAUGUGCCAGGGCGUCUGGCUCACCGCCGCGGCCCAGCCCCGGGAGCCGGAAGGAGCCUGCGCCGCCUCGAGUCACGUGACCGCAACUCACGCGCUACGUCACUCGCACUCUGCUCGGCAGCCCCUCCCCGUGUGGGAGUUCCUCUGGGAAGGCCGAUCUUCCGGGUGUAGGGGGAAGCGGCGGUGACUGGAGUGGAAAAUUUUCCCCCCAACACUACUUCUCAGAGGCAACAUAUUGGAAGGGACUCAAGAAGGCCAGGGUAGAAAUGAAAGCGGCUGACCAGAAACUCCUCUUCCUGCUGACUCUGGCCCCGCGCACUUGCCGCGAGCCCUCAUUACCUCAUCGCCUGCUGGUUUUGGUACGGUCCUUGGAGACGGAGCCUGCAGAGGGUCCCACGCUGGAGGGGAGUAGAGGAGGACAGAACAUUCUUCACAAUCCAAAAGAAAAAGAAGACUUGUUCGGGAUGUUUGACGGCUAUGAUAGCUGCAGUGAGGACACAAGUAGCAGCUCCAGCUCUGAAGAGAGUGAAGAAGAAGUUGCUCCUUUACCUUCCAAUCUCCCAAUUAUCAAAAAUAAUGGACAAGUCUACACAUACCCAGAUGGUAAAUCUGGCAUGGCUACCUGUGAGAUGUGUGGGAUGGUCGGUGUACGAGACGCUUUUUACUCUAAAACAAAACGUUUCUGCAGUGUUUCUUGUUCAAGAAGUUACUCGUCGAACUCUAAGAAGGCAAGCAUUCUGGCCAGACUUCAGGUAACGGGUAAGCCUCCAACAAAGAAAGCAAAAGUCCUUCAGAAACAACCUUUAGUUGCUAAAUUAGCUGCCUAUGCUCAGUAUCAAGCUACCUUGCAAAAUCAAGCAAAGACAAAAGCAGCAGUCUCCGUGGAAGGCUUCAGCUGGGGUAACUACAUCAACAGCAAUAGCUUCAUAGCAGCUCCAGUUGCUUGUUUUAAGCAUGCACCUAUGGGGACCUGCUGGGGUGAUAUCUCAGAAAAUGUAAGAAUAGAAGUUCCCAAUACAGACUGCAGUCUACCUACCAAAGUCUUCUGGAUUGCUGGAAUUAUAAAAUUAGCAGGUUAUAAUGCCCUUUUGAGAUAUGAAGGAUUUGAAAAUGAUUCUUCUCUGGACUUCUGGUGCAAUAUAUGUGGGUCUGAUAUUCAUCCAGUUGGUUGGUGUGCAGCCAGUGGAAAACCUCUCGUUCCUCCUAGAACUGUUCAGCACAAAUACACAAACUGGAAAGCUUUUCUAGUAAAGAGACUCACUGGUGCCAAAACGCUUCCUCCCGAUUUCUCACAAAAGGUUUCAGAGAGUAUGCAGUACCCUUUCAAGCCUUGCAUGAGAGUAGAAGUAGUCGACAAGAGGCAUUUAUGUCGAACAAGAGUAGCAGUGGUGGAAAGUGUAAUUGGAGGAAGAUUAAGGUUAGUGUAUGAAGAGAGUGAAGAUAGAACGGAUGACUUCUGGUGCCACAUGCACAGCCCCUUAAUCCACCAUAUUGGAUGGUCUCGAAGCAUAGGCCAUCGAUUCAAAAGAUCUGAUAUUACAAAGAAACAGGAUGGACAUUUUGAUACACCACCACAUUUAUUUGCUAAGGUUAAAGAAGUAGACCAGAGUGGAGAAUGGUUCAAAGAAGGAAUGAAAUUGGAGGCUAUAGACCCAUUAAAUCUUUCGACAAUAUGUGUUGCAACCAUUAGAAAGGUGCUGGCUGAUGGGUUCCUGAUGAUUGGGAUCGAUGGCUCAGAAGCAGCAGAUGGAUCUGACUGGUUCUGUUAUCAUGCAACCUCUCCUUCUAUUUUCCCUGUGGGUUUCUGUGAAAUUAAUAUGAUAGAACUGACUCCACCCAGAGGUUACACAAAACUUCCUUUUAAAUGGUUUGACUACCUCAGGGAAACCGGCUCCAUUGCAGCACCAGUAAAACUAUUUAAUAAGGAUGUUCCAAAUCACGGAUUUCGUGUAGGAAUGAAAUUAGAAGCUGUAGAUCUCAUGGAGCCACGUUUAAUAUGUGUAGCUACAGUUACUCGAAUUAUCCAUCGUCUCUUGAGGAUACAUUUUGAUGGAUGGGAAGAAGAGUAUGAUCAGUGGGUAGACUGUGAGUCCCCUGACCUCUAUCCUGUAGGGUGGUGUCAAUUAACUGGAUAUCAACUACAGCCUCCAGCAUCACAGUCAUCAAGAGAAAGCCAGUCAGCUUCUUCAAAACAGAAGAAAAAGGCUAAGUCCCAGCAAUACAAAGGACAUAAGAAAAAGAGGAAGAUGCCAGUUGGGAAGAAGCCUGUCAGUUUGUCGAGCCUGCCCAUGACAGGCGGGGUGCGGAGGAGUUUCUCUGGGGACGAAGAGUUGACUCCUCCUCCAUAUCGAACCCUGCCAGCACAGACAGCCCUGGAGGCCUUCCCACCUCCCAGCACUAGCCGAGAGUUCAGGCCCAGCCUCAAAACAGUGACCACAUCACAGCUGAAGGAGGAGCUGCUAGAUGGAGAGGAUUAUAGCUUCCUCCAAGGAGCAUCUGACCAAGAAAGCAAUGGCUCUGCCACCUUCUACAUCAAACAAGAGCCAUGAAGUGGCUCAGAAACUAGGAGUGGGAGGGACUCUUUUACAGGACAGAUUUGUCGUCAUCCAGCUGUACAGCAGGCUAUUCUACUGGGACAUUUUGCUAAAUACAGAAAAGUUCAGUUCCAGAUUUUUCAGGUGGGAGGGGAAACUAUUUUGGUGGGGAGGGAAUUUUUCAAUUUAUAAAGAUGGACGAUUUUUGUGUUGUAUUUGAAGCUUUUGAAAGAAUUUUGUAAUAUUUUCCAAGUUUGGAUUUAUGUGCAUUGUUAACAAGAACUGAAAUUCUAACUUUUUUGGUAAGAUUAAAGUUUAGGUAGCAGGAUUGAAGGAAAUGAUUAAGAAGGAUAUAGUUGUAAAUGCGAAUGAACUGUCAUUACAAAUGAACCUUCUUGGUACCUGUUGGGAGAUUUUUGAAUUUUAGAGUUAGGCCAGUCACAUCUCCAGCUUCCUUUGCUGCAGAAAUAUGCAACUGAACCCCUCACAGAGGGCUCAUCACCACGUAGAUCACGGAAGGGGUCAUUAACUGUGCUCGCUGACGUUUUAUUGCAGCCCAUUUAAAUGUUUGUACAGAAAUUUUUUCAUUCUGCUAAAAUUUAUUUGGAGUUGUAUAUGAAACUAGAACUCUGGAUACUUUUAUAUGCUCUCCUUCAAGUAAAAAUGAUAAAGUUUUCUAACACUAGAGUGUUAAACUGGAAUGGUUGACAGAUACCAGGAUCUCAGUCUACAUAAGGGGUCAGGGAAAAUGAAUAUUUUCCCAAGUUUAUUCUAUUUUCCUUGCUAAAGAAUAAAGAACAUCCCAUGAAAAAGAUUUUCUUAUCAAACCUCUGCCAUUUCCCUCCAUCUGAGAGAGAGCAACUUGAUGUAACCACCCCUGAAAACAGAUAAAAAAUUGUUUAGAUUUCAAAUCAUUCCAGCUCCACUUUUAACUGUCCUGGAUUUGUUAGAAACUUACUGAAAGAAAACUUAAUUUUCUUAAAAUUCCAUAUACACACACACAUAUUGACUUAUCUUUAAUUGUAGGCAGAAUUUAACAGUAUCUGAUUUGGACCAUUUUAAACAUUCCCUAUUUUAAAAUUCAUAUGACUUCCUUUAAAAAAUAGGAUAAAAGGGUAAAUUGGUGAAAGAUUUGCUCUCUGCAUUUUUCUACCCUUCUACCGAGUUGUGACUGAAUGAGCGCUCUAGAAUUUACCAGUGAGGUUCAUACUAAACUCUCAGGAAUUCAUUGCAUCUGUUCUAGAAGUGCUUCUGGGUCUGAGCCUGGCCUCUUCAGAGUGGUAACACUGCCCAUCUCCUCUGGAAAAUAGGCAGGGCUCAUGAGAAAUUAAUCAAGAUGAUUAACCUCUGCAGCCCUACAGCCUAUGGAAUGCUUUAAAAAACGCUAAUGGAAAACCCCAGGAGACAUUUUAGGUAAGAUUUUUGUUUGACUUUUAAAUGCAUAGAACGUUAAAAACCAGCAAUUUAUUUUCUAAAAUAUUGCUCUACUUUUGGGAAUAAUAGCAUUGGUAAUACGCACAGGUUUACCUCAUUCUAUGCAAGAGGGGUUAAUAACGUAAGGUUUUGUAGUAGCUACUGGAAGUAAAAUGCGUUACUUUAUAGUGUAAAAAUGUAUGGAAUCGCAUGUCACCAUUUCUUAAUACUGACUCUGGGGGCUAAAUGCAGAUCACAUCAAUGCAAGUUGAAUCUCGUGUCAAAUAUAUGUGAAUUCAGCUGUAAAAUUACUGGAUAUUUAUCUUAAACAACAUUGCUGAGGGGGACCUACUGUAAAUGUGACAUCCUCGCACUUCCCAAAUCUUUGAAGGAUCUUCCCAGGAACUUAAAGCCUAGAAGAGGUCCAAAGCAAAUGUUAUAGUCUUUAUUCUCAGGCUCAGUGGAUUAAAUCCAGGACUGUGCUUCCAUGGUACCAGCACAAGAAGCCUGUUGUAUGGGGUGCACUCCUCAUAGCUUAGGUGUAGGAGUUCUCCAAAGAACGAACUGUAAGCCAGGAAAGAUGUGAUUUCAUGCCAGCCAGUCCUGGUAAUUAGUUCUGUGAAAUGCUUAUUUGUAGCCAGGUUCUACAAGCUUCCAAUUCUACACCAAAACCAGGCUUGGCGUGUUUAGAAUUCCCCACCUACAUUCAUUAAGUGUUUAUGUUCAUCAAGAGUGAGGGGUUGUUAGGACUUGUUAGAGUCUAAACACAACCCAGAGCCCUCUUCUUUGUUAAGACCCUCGCUCCUGCUGCUAACAAAGAAUGUUAACCAGAGGAGACUUCCAUUGUAGCCAUAAUUACUGUUUGUCAUACAGCUCAGUACCCCUGUUCUCUUUCAAAGUUUAAAAUGUACUGCUGACCUUGGGUUUGUUUUUGUUUUCCUGUUAGGAGCCUGGGAACUUUUACUAGUUUAACUUUUUAACCUUUUCCUUGCUGUGUAUGAGGAAAGCUAAAGCUGUUAUCAACUUUUUAUUCUGCGGAUACUAACACGGGUUUUCAGUGUUUGUUUGUUUUUAUUAUUAUUAAUUUUGUGUGAUGUGAAUACCCUCGCCCAUCAAUAUUUGUAUUAUGGUGCUAUAUAUUUGGUAAUGAUCCUUUAAUAUUGGGGAGGGAUUUUAAAAAUACUGUGAUUAAACUGGGUAUCUUCCUUUGAUUUUCAUAUUUUAAAUAAAGCCACAGUCAUUUAUACAAAAUAAAAUAAAAUAAAAUAAAAAUGCAUCUGUCCCUGGGCAACUUUUCAAGGACAGAGGCCAAAGUAAAGUACAUAAGGUUUUUACAUCAUUUCUGUGCGUUUGAUAUAUAGAUCAAUAUCUGGACAAAUUUAAUCUUUUAUUUUCUGGUAACUUGUGAUCAUUGAGGAAGUGUUUGAAGCUUUCUCAUGAAAUGUACAUAGCGUGAAAAAUCCCUUCAGAGAAAUUUAUGUUCCUUUCAUUUUUACCAAAAUGCAAAUUUUCAGCAUGGAUGUGAAAAGCAUUAAAAUUAUAACUUUGUGUACAAGAUGAAAAUAAUUCACUAAAUUUGCCCUUUUUUACACAAAAUAAAUGUUAAAGUUAAGCAUUA